AUGGAUUCCAAAAACAAACAUACUAUGCAACAAAAGAAGUGUAUUCCCAAACAAAGCCAUACCAAAAUUUUGACAUCAAAAGAUGUGGUUGGGAAGACCACAUCUAGAGACAAAGUUACUAAACACCUGGAAGAAACAAAAUUGUUAAAAGGUCCUCAAGAAAUAGUAGAAUCCUCAAGCAAGAAAGAUCAACAGGCCAAAUUUUUAAUCUCUACUCAAGCUUUUUAUUUGCCACAGGAGGAGGAAUACCAUUUAUUUCAAGUUGGUGAAGGUACACUAGACAACUUCUAUGCACAUAUUGUGAAAAAGACUGGUGCCAAUUUAGGAUGUUUUUUUUUGCAAAACCAAGGUCUCUAUGUGACAGUCUCUGGUAAUCCAGAUACUGUCAGAAAAGCUCACAAAGAAAUUGUUGAAUGGUGUCGUGAACAAAGUUUGAGUAUGACUCUUAUCCCCAACGAACAACACUGGUUUUUUCUGGGCCAGACUGGAGAUGAAGUACUAGAUUUGGAACAAAAUGCUGCAAAGAAAAACAAGAGUAAGUGUUCACAUAGGGAGAAAGCCUGUGCUGGUAGCACUGACAAAAAACAAAUAAAGAAUAAGAACUCAUAUGGACACCUUUCUACAUCUGCCAAAAAACAUAAGGGUGUGAUACAGGGAUUAGAUAUGGAGAAAGCAUCUAGUUCCGUGACUGCUGAGCCACACAGUCAUGUAAGUGAUGUUGUUUUCCAGGAAACCGUGGUACACCUCUUAAUUCCAUUGUCGAAUAUCAAUGAGAUGGAUAUACAGUUUAUUGGAAGCAAGCCUGAAAUGGAUCCAUCACAGGACUGUAUAAAAGAGAUGCUUGAUAAGCCCCAAACACAAACUGAAUCUGGAGAUAUGGUGAAGAAAUGGCCUCAUGGAUUUUCCUCUAGUGUCAAGAAAAGUUUCUUAUACCAAAUCUUAGCAGAAUCUGAAGACUUAAUAGAGACCUCAUCCUCAGGAGGCACAUCAGAUUUGGAGACACAUGAUGGAGAGCCCAGUAGUACAGGGGAGGUAUUUAAUGAAGCUGAUUGGAAUACUAAAGAUUCCAUUAUUUCUGCCAUCUAUGCUCCUUCCUGGAUGCACAAACAUGUUAUUAGUAGUAAAAAUCAAUAUAUAAAUAAAAUAGCUGAGAAUGUGCCAAAGGUUCAUGUACACUUUACAGAUAAAGAUAACAUUAUCCUAAAAGGACCAGUAGAGGAUGUAAAUUAUGCUCAAGAACAGUUUCAGCUCGUUGUUAAGGACCUCAUGAAAAAAUUGGAUUAUGCCGAGAUAAAUAGUGACUGCAAAUUUCACAAGUACCUAAUAGAAAAUAGUAAAGAUAACAUAAGCAAAAUUUCAGAAAAACACCAAGUUUCUAUCAUUAUCUCCCCUGAAGCUGAAAAGAAUAACUUGAUCAGAAUUGAGGGUGGAUCUAUGGAUGUCCAAAAGGCGAAAAAAGAACUUCUAGAACUUGCUGCUAAUUCUUCAAAUGAGGACAUCCAAUUUAUUGUCAUUAAACACUACUUUCACAACCUAAUUUUUGGAAGAAAACGUGAAAGGCUUCAGGAAAUAUGUAAGAAAUUUCCAGAUGUUAUCAUCAGCUUCGAGGAGAAAAGUGAUUCCAUCCAACUGGUAGGGCCAAAACCUGAGUCAGAUAAAUGUAAACAGCAUAUGGAGAAAAUGUUGAAAGACAUUAAAGAAAACAACUAUUCCAUCAAUGUAUCUGUUUUGAAAAGGCUUCACAAAAGGAUAAUUGGAAAAAGAGGUUCAAAUAUCAAACGAAUCUCUGAGAUAAGCAACACCACUAUUUGUUUUCCAUCAGAAAGCAGCAGCUCAGAAGAUUUUGUAAUUACUGGAUAUCCUGAAAAUUGUGAAAUAGCUCAUGAGUGGAUUCUUUCUAUUCAGAAAUAUAUCAAUGACACUACAGAAGAAGAAAUUUAUAUUCCUUCUAGUAUACAUAAAGCACUUAUGAAUUCCAAAAAGUCUUUGAUUACCCCAAUCAUGCAUGAAGGUGACAAGUUUGAUAUACAUUUUCCGAGAAGCAACACCGACAUUCAAAAAGUGAUUAUCAAAGGCUCUGUAGAAACUGUGGAAAUGGCCAAGAGGAAGCUUCUUUACCUAGUAGAAGAAGAAAAAGCAAAGAGUUACUCCAUGUCUGUUCAUGUCAAAUCACAGUAUCAUCAAUUCCUCCUGAAUAAAAAUGGUAGCAAUGUUCCCACAGUCUGUGAGAAGACAGGGGCACGCAUUGUUUUGCCUACCACUACGGAUGAGGAUCAAGAAUUGGUAAAGAUCACAGGAAGAGAGGAAGCUGUUAAAAAUGUAAAAAAGGAGCUUGACAUUUUAUUGAAAGACUUAGAGACUGUAGAAGAAGACAGUGUUGUGAUAAGUUGUAAGUUCCACCAUUACUUUGUCUUGAGAAAGAACCAGUUAUUACGAGAAAUGAAUGAGGAGUAUGGAGGCCUGGCCAUUGCCUUUUCACAUAUAGGACAACACAUUGCAAAAAUAACAGUAAAAGGGGCAAAGCCUUGUGUUCAUGCAGCAAAAAAACACAUUCAGGAUCUGUUUAAACCAUUUGGUUCCAAAGUUUCAACGAAAUAUACCCCAAAAGACCCAUCCUUUCAUUAUGGGAUCAAUAUAUUCACACGAUUACCAGAUUACUGCAGAUAA